GCUAAGGGCGAACGUAUAUCGCGAUUGAAAACAAAGUGGGUAUUUAAAUGUUCGUUACGGCUGUCACUGUGGAUUCGUGACGUUGCUACUUAUGGACGAUGAACGUACAUUUAAUUAUUAAUCGCACCUAGUACGUCUUUUUAGUUUGGUAUCCCGACUGACGUCACGAAUUCGACCCGCCCCGAUUGUUAAGGAAUUGACGAGUCCGCAGUAGUGUUCAUAUUUGAAUAGGGUUGUUCAACGGUCGGAGUGAUAUCUUAUGGUAGUAUCAGCUUGUAUACGUCCGUAAAUAAUUUGCUUGUGUAUUGCAAACUUGGAUUAGUGUCUUACAUGCUGGAGUACCUGAGUGACGCAGUUAACAUUUGAAUCCUUGUGUUUAGGGGAUUGUAUCACAGUCACUGAGGCAACAGUGGCGAGUUUUACUAUAGCAGUUUCACGUGUGGCUGUUGUUCAGUAAGGGGUGCGCGGGUAUGUGUGAGUGCAGUGUUUCUACGCGUUAGUGUAGGCGACGUUUUCUCUGGACCAUGUACGCUAACGAUAGCAUAAGAGUACUCCACGCUGCGGUAAGAGCCGGCAACUUGCAACAUGUCACGGAAAUGCUGGCGAAAGGAGCAGACAUCGAAGGCAAAGACUCUUACAAGGUACGGCCGGUCCAUAUCGCUGCGGAACGAGGUCAUUUGGACGUUCUUAGGGCGCUUAUCGCGCGGGGCUGUAGUGUGAAUGCAAAGGCGUCGCACCCUGUGUUCAAGCAGCCAGAGCGGGAUGUGACGUCGCUACAUUUAGCAACAGGAAUUGCUGACCCAAACGUCGCGCUCGCUUUAAUAGCUGCUGGCGCUAAUGUUAACGCCAAAACUAGUUCAGGUACGUCUCCACUGCAGCUUGCAGCAAUACAGGGUCAUUUGUCCGUAGUGAAGGCACUAGUUUCUGCAAAUGCUAAUGUGAAUUCCGAGGACAACGUAAAAGUCACCCCAUUAUGUGCUGCUGUGUCGCAGAAUUUUGAAGACGUAGCUAAAUUUCUUGUACAAAACGGUGCCAUUGUAAAUGCGAGACAUUCAGACGGUUUGACACCUUUGCAUAUCGCAGCACAAUAUGGAUAUGUUAACAUAGCAAAACUGCUGCUCCAGAACAAGGCAGAGAUUAAUGCAAAGCACGAAGAAGGCUUCACUGCAUUGCAUUUGGCCGUAGAAAACAGACAUGGUGCAGUGAGUCAACUUUUGAUUAACAGUGGAGCAGAUGUGAAUGCGAGAGACAAAGAGGGAGGAACUCCUUUGCAUAAUGCAGCGUACAGUGGAUACCCAAUAGAAACCGUCAGACUUUUGAUUGAGAAAGGUGCUAGCGUGAAUGCGAGGGACAAGGCAGGAAGAACACCUUUGCACCUUGCUGCAGAGAGCGAUUUCACCGAGGCAGUAAGCAUCCUGAUCAGAAACAAAGCUUACGUCAAUAUCAUUGGCGAUCAAAUGACGCCGCUGCAUGGCGCAGCUUGCAAGGGUAAUCUAGACUCGAUAAAAAUUCUUAUCGCCAAUGGUGCAGUAGUUGAUAGGAGAACUCACAGGCAGAAUACACCAUUGCAUCUCGCAGCGUACUUCUGGCAUGCCGAAGUAGUUAAAUACCUUUUGGAACAAGGAGCCGAAGUUAACGCAACUGAUUGCAUAAACUGGACGCCACUUCAUUUUGCAGGUGAAGAGAGUUCUACUCAAAUCCCUUUCCGCAAUUCCAGACACACGGGCUCACAGGCACAGGACUCUAAGCUGAAUACCAUGAAAGCUCUAAUUGAAUACGGAGCUGAUGUAAAUGCGAAGGGGAGCAACUAUGACGACACACCUUUGCAUGUAGCUGUACGGAAUGGCGAUACAGCGUCUGCUAGAUGCCUCUUAGAGAAUGGUGCAUACUACGAUGCGAAGUACAAAUUUGCCAGCGGUAAUGUGACAGCUUCAGAGAUGGCUGCGACGAGAAGAAACGAAAAUGUAAAUACUUUACUGUGUGCUACCGAAAAGCUGUUUAAGGCUGUGAAAAGUGCGAAGUGUGCUGAAAUUGAGAAAUGUGUAAAAGAAGCACCAGUGAACAGCGGAAGCAUAAAGUAUGGAACACCGCUUAUGUAUGCAUGUUGGAAAGGACAUUUAGCUGUUGUUAAUGUUUUGCUUAAAAAUGGAGCCAAUAUAAACUUGAGCAACAGUAGUGGCAUUACUCCUCUUCAUUAUGCAGCAAAAUUUGGCCAUCAUGAAAUACUGUGCACCUUAUUGCAACAUGGUGCAGUAUACAAUGCAAGAACCAAAACAGGCAAAAAAACACCACUAAAUUUAGCUCAAGAAGAAGGUAAACAAGAAGUUACACACACUCUAAAACUAAUUGAGCGAUUGUUUACCAGAAUUGGCAGAAAGGAUAACACAGUGCUGAAAGAGUUAAAUGGAUUAAAGAACAACAAAUAUGCUGAAUUUCUUGCCAUCAUAAACUGCAAAAAUGCAAAUAAAGAAACUCUGACACAAAUAGCUUCAAAAAAUGGGUAUGAGGAACUCUGUAACAAGUUUUCUGACUUGUAACUGUUUACCAAUUCGUAUCUCUUAACAGUUUGACAAGAAUAGUUAAUUUUUUGAGGCUUUGCACACUGUCAAUGUAUAUUUUUAGUGUUUUAAUCAGUAAA